AGAUGGAGAUCGUGUGUGAGCACCAGCAGUUCCGUAUCCUGGUGGAUGGUCAGCCUCUGUGUGGUUUCACCCACCGGCUGUCCCCGCUCUCCUCUCUCACAGCCUUACGAGUCUUUGGGGACCUGCAGCUCACCAAGGUGGCCUAACCCCAGCAUGUCGCACACUGAGGACUGGGAAAUCCCUGCGACUAUAAAGGAAAACAUGUUAGACUAGAACUUCUGUUUAGGUGAAGGAAUUGAACCAUUGUGGGGAUGUUGUGUUUCCAUUUUUCAACAAAGUUACAACAGUGUAGCAAAGUGCCUUUGUUGUCUGGAAACUUGAAGAUACUGACUGAAUGUAACAGUAGUCUUAAAUCAGACUGGGAAUGUUGGUCAAAUUAAUGUGAAUAAAGAUUUAAUCAGUAAUAUUUCUGAGAAAAACACGACUUAUUGAGCCACAAAACRUUCUGCUGCAUUACAACUGUGAUUUUAGACGUCCGUCUUUAAUUUCUCUGCAAGACUUUUGAAAGCACUCACAUUUUCGAGCGCCUGCAAAAACAAAUGUUUUGUAAACUGACAAUAACAAAUAUUUUCAUUUUGUGACCAAUUAAAAAGUGUAACUGUUGUAAUAAUGUAAAUUAAUAUCACAAGCAGAUAAAUCUGUUGGUCCCUUCUGGCUCAUUCAAACUA